AUGUAUAAACCUCGGGGGAGAAAUGACAAACCCUACACCUGCAGAAACCCCUUUCGAAAGCACUUGCUUGGUAAUCCAACAAGCAUAAUGAACAUGCUUAGUUUCGCAUCACGAAUCUCAUUUCUUCUGCUGAUGCUGCUAUGUGCCCUCACAUUCCACAGAAGCUUCAGCUGCCAUGACAGGGAUCGAACUUUGCUAUUAAUGUUCAAACAAGACGUUGUUGAUCCUUCAGGCCGCCUCUCCUCUUGGUCCUCUACGAACCAAGAUUGCUGUUCAUGGCAAGGAGUUACGUGUGAUCUCGACACCAGCAGGGUCCGAUAUCUUCUUUUGUCCAAUUACUUCACGCAAAAUGAAUCCUUGAGAGGUGAAAUCAACUUAUCUUCUUUACUCGCACUUGAAUUUCUGGAAGCUCUGGACUUGCACUACAAUGAUUUUGAACGUUUAAGCACACCAUCUCUAAAUAAUUCUGCUGCAAAUUUUUCUCGGCUUUCUUCUCUCGGCCUAUCAUACAACAUGCAUCUUCCCAUUGAUAAUCUUCAUUGGCUCUCUAAACUUCCUUCCCUAACAUCGCUCGCACUUGGUGGCAUUCAUCUUCCUAGUGAAACGAAAUGGCUUGAUCUCGGUCUAAAUGAUUUUACCUAUGGACUACCUAAUUGGUUGUUCAAUCUUAGCAAAGAUCUCUCCUAUCUUCAACUCGAUCAUUGCAAUUUGAGAGGUCCAAUUCCAGAUUUUUCAAGCUAUCGAAAUCUAUGGGCGUUAGAUCUAUCUGACAACAAACUCGAAGGACCGAUACCUGAUUGGCUGGGCCAGUUUGAAAAAUUAUUUGUGCUUGAUCUCUCUGUUAACUCGUUUCACGGUUCCAUUCCUUCUAAUCUCGUAAACGCAUCACAAAUAGAAUAUUUAAAUAUCAGCUUCAAUGACUUGAGUGGUACACUUCCAAAAAACCUUGACAAAAGGCAAUUUGCAACUUUGGAUUUGUCUCACCACUCAAUUAGUGGAGAUGUAUCGAACAUGUUGCUGGACGGUGGGUAUAUUUCUAUGUCAUUUAAUAAAUUCAAAGGACGGCUUCCUCGAGUAUCCAAUCAGGUCUCAGUUUUGGAUUUAGCUUACAACUCUUUUUCAGGAUCUUUAUCGUCUUUAUUGUGUCACCCUGAUCCGAUCAACCAGCAUUGGUUGGGGUAUUUAGACAUAUCAAAUAAUUAUCUGGCCGAAGAACUUCCUGAAUGUUUGGGCAGUUGGACUUCCUUGUCUUAUAUAUACCUAGGGAAUAAUCGUAUGGUUGGUCAAGUUCCUCCAAGGAUGGGCAACCACUUUUCUGGAAGUAUGCUAACACGGUUACCACAAAAUGUAUCAGUUGUGAAGCUAAGAUCCAAUGAACUCACGGGCACCAUUCCUCCCCAACUAUGUAGUCACUCUAGUUUGAUUGUAUUAGAUCUUGCAAACAAUAAACUUUCAGGACCAAUUCCUCAGUGUCUACUCAAUAUAACCAGUAUGAUUACAGGAGUUCUUGCAAAUGCUUUAACCAUCGAAGUAGAUCAUAUCUCCACCUUCCCUUCACUUCAAUUCAGAAUUAUGUUGCACACAAAGGGUCAACAAUUAGAGUAUGUGAAAAAUCUAAAACUUGUCCGGAGUUUUGAUCUGUCAGCUAACAGACUAUCAGGAGAAAUUCCUGCACAAUUGUUCAAGCUCACCAAGCUACAAUCCUUGAACUUGUCUUACAAUUAUUUGACAGGAGAGAUAUCUGAGCACAUUGGAGAUAUGAAAAAUCUAGAAUCUCUUGGUUUCUCCCAUAACAGUCUUCAUGGGAACAUUCCUCAAAGCAUGGCUGGUCUAUCUUUUCUAAGUGAUUUGAAUCUCUCAUACAACCAUCUCAAUGGACAAAUCCCACUGGGGACACAGCUUCAGAGUUUUGACGCGUGGAGUUAUAUUGGGAAUCCAGACCUUUGUGGAGCUCCUCUUCAAAAGAACUGCACAAUACCAGAAAAACCAGACAAUACAAAGCAGGUUGAAGGAAAUGACGAAGAUGCUUUUUUGAGAUCAUUGUAUCUUGGGAUGGGAGUUGGAUUUGCAGUGGGAUCCUGGAUAGUUUGUGGUUCUUUGUUCCUGAACAGAGCAUGGAGGCACGCUUACUUUCAAUUCUUCAAUGGUGUGGUGGAUCGAAUAUAUGUCACUGUGGUCAUAAGACUUCAAAGAUUCCAUUGA